AUGAAAUGUCUGAUCCAAGAACUGUGGAGUGAAAAAAUUCCUUGGGAUGAAUCCUUGCCACCGAAAAUAGAGAAAGGGUGGAUUAAAUGGUGUGAAGAGAUACCUUUUUUGGAAAAUCUUAAGAUACCUAGACUGGUUCUUAAUUCUAUAUCCAAGGAGGAUAUCGUGGAGGAGAUUCAUAGUUUUUGUGACGCUAGUAAGAACGCAUACGAAGCUACAGUAUAUUUGAAAGUUUACACUCCAAAUGAACCGAUCGUUAGACUUUUGACUUCUAAAAGCCGAGUAGCUUCUUUGAAUAGUGUGACUCUGCCUAGAUUGGAAUUGCUGGGAGCUCUAGUUGCAGCUCGCUUGACAUCUAAAGUUGAGAAGAUUGUGAAUCUAAAAAGGUCUUCAAUUGCAUAUCAUUGGACUGACUCUAAAAUUGCACUCUACUGGAUAAAGGGAAAGACAACUCGUUGGAAACAAUUCGUUGCUAAUCGAGUUAAAGAAAUAGCCACUUUGACAGAUCCAAACUCCUGGCACCAUUGUGCAGGUACAGAUAAUCCUGCAGAUAUUCUCUCUCGUGGAAUUAGUGCUGAAUGUUUGGUUGAUAGUUCCAGGUGGUGGACAGGUGCUGAAUUUUUGAUAGAAUCUGAUUUUCAAGAAACUUUAGAGCAAUCAUUUCCUGAUAUAAAAUCCCUUGCAGAAAGUGAAAAAGGAACAAUUUUCCGAGAAGCAAAAACUGUUUCCUCAACCGAGAAUUUCUUCAUAAUUGUAAGCAUAAGGAUAAGAAAAUGGGACCCUCGACAGUUGACGAGCUUAAAUCCCUUUGUAGAUGGUUACGGUUUAAUAAGAGUAGGUGGAAGGCUCGAUAAUGCUUCAGUACCCUUUGAUCAAAAGCAUCAGAUAAUCUUACCGAAAAAGUCCAAAUUAAGUAAAAUUUACUUCCAUAGUUUACACAGGAAAUUACUUCAUAUUGGCCCUCAAGGUUUGUUAAGUGCAGUUAGAUUAAAAUUUUGGCCUUUAGGAGGUCAUAAUCUUGCACGUCAAACUGUACAUCAAUGUGUAACAUGUUUCACAUCUAAGCCCUUCCUUUCCACUCAAAUUAUGGGUAAUUUACCAAGUGAAAGAGUCAACAUGUCACCCCCAUUUUCCGUCACAGGUAUAGGCCUGUGCGGCCCUUUUACUGUUAAAUAUAAACAUCAACGUAAGGGUACUCUCAACAAAGUAUAUAUUUGUAUUUUUAUUUGUUUUUCCACAAAAGCCAUCCAUCUUGAGCAGCUGACUGAUUUGACUUCCGAUUCGAUGAUUGCCACAUUGAAACGAUUUACGAGUAGACGCGGAAAAUGUUCCAAAAUCUAUACUGAUAAUGCCACUAAUUUUGUUGGAGCUAAUUCUCAAUUAAAGAAGUUUUAUGGAUUAAUUAAUUUUCCAGAUCAAAUUUUGGCUAAUUAUUUUACCUCUGAAGGCAUAGAAUGGAAUUUUAUUCCACCAAAAUCACCCCAUUUUGGUGGUCUUUGGGAGGUGGGUGUAAAAUCAGUAAAACAUCAUCUUAAAAGAGCAGUUGGAAAAUUUCAUUUCACUUACGAAGAGAUGGAAACAAUAGUUAUUCAAAUCGAAGGAAUUCUGAAUAGUCGCCCCCUUUGCCCCUUAAGCGGUGAUAAUGACAGUUUUGAUGUUUUAACACCAGGUCAUUUCCUAAUAGGGAGGCCUAUAACAUCAAUUGUCGAACCAAAUUUAACUGAUCUCAAUGAUAAUCGUCUAAGUCGGUGGCAGAAAACUACAAAAGUUGUACAACUUAUAUGGGAAAAAUGGAAGUCGGAUUACUUAAAUACAUUACAAGCUAGAUCAAAAUGGAUGGUAACAAAAAAUGAUUUAAAGAUAGGACAGAUGGUACUUGUAAAAGAAGAUUUCUUGCCUUUAAAUACCUGGAUUUUAGGCCGAAUAAUUUAUGUUUAUCAUGGUUCGGAUAAUAAAGUGCGUGUAGUAAAAAUUCGCACAAAAUCUGGGAUAUUUAAAAGAGCUGUUUCUAAAAUAGCUGUCUUGCCUAUCGAUACAUAA